AUGAUUUCUCGAUACAGCAGGAAACCCGUGUCGCACAAACUUGAGAUUCGUGGGUUGUCUCGAAGCAGCCUCGAUCACCAUCCUCUCCCAGAAGAAGCAGAUGAUAAUGAAACCCCUCAGCACUACCUCCACCACCUGCAGGAAGCUGUCUCUGCACACAACAGUUCUCAGACGUCUGCGGCUUCAACUCACUCUGAGUGCCCCACCGUCAUCUCAGUAGACUCCAACCAGUCGUGGUCAGGCAUCCACAGCUCCACGGGCACAGGCAUCUCCACAGAGAGGAGCUCUGUUUUCUCCUGGGGCUACGAUGAGUUUGACAAGGCAGCGUCACGGCAGGUGCAGCAAAUGUUUGAGGAGAUCGACAGAGAGCUGUACGAGGGGAGAGGCAGUGGGGGAGGGAUCCUCCAAGGGCUGCAGGAUGAAUGUCAGCAGUGGACCUCACGCUUCCCACAUCUACGGAUUUCGGGGACUCAGCUGCUUUGCCCCACUGACGAGGGCUUCCAGUGGUAUGCUACUUCAGAGACAGACACCCAGUCAGCAAGCAAAGAAAUCACAGUGAAAUCCCAAGAGAAAGAUAAGAGUGGUGCAGAGUUGAAUGUGCAGGGCAGGAGAGCUGCCCUGAUCAGGUCCACCUCUGCAGAGCUGGACGGCCCCCCUAAUAACUCCUGUGGCUCCAGCAGCCACGACAAGCCACGGGUUAUUGAAGUAGAGGGUCUGAUGGAGGAGUACCUGGCUUUUGACAGCAGAGACCUAGAUGAUGAGUGCGACGAAGACUGCUCGGACUCGGUUCGGAGGCAUCACUGUUUGCCUCCUGUCUCACCAUACCGCUGUCGCCGACAAGCUGUUCUCGACUUGCUGUUUGACGAUGUGUGGCAGGAGCUGGUCGGUUGGAUGAAAGAGCUGGUCCAACGCCACUGGGAAUGCUGCACCUCAAAUGAUGAAACGAUUUCUGGAUCCCUGAGCCCUGUGCUGUCAGACUCCCAGAAUCCUUUUAUGCUGCUCUCCUCACUGCCCACAAUGCUGCCCAAGCUUGGCCAGAGCCGGGUUCCCCAGCUCACAGCCGGCCCGCAGUUCCAGAACACAAAGUCAAGUGGCUCAAAGCACAAGUCCAGGCGGAAAUCCAAAAAGCAGAAAAAGCCUUCCAGUGCUGGUAGGGGACCUGUGGGAGCAGCAGCAACUCAGCACAACUUGAACGACCUUAUUGUGAUCCACAGCAUCCCCCUGCAGCAGAGGAACCUGGGCGUGCUGGAAAAAAGCCAGGAGCCAGAAGAGCGUGUGUCCCACCGGCCAGGAUCCAGCGUGGUCUCUUCCAGCAAACCUCGCCCUCGCCGGGCCCUGGAGCAGAGCUUUUCCUCCCUUUCCCGCCCGGCGCAGUCGGCUCGGCGCAGAAACCCUCCUCGAACGCUCCUGCCACUGGUUCCCAGCUCCAGUCAGUCCAGCACAGGAGUCUACCUGGACGAGGUCAUCCGUGGGACACGCCUACCGACAGCCAGUGACAGUCAGACGCCUCCAUUGUUGCCCCUUAGCAGAAACACACUCCUCCCUCCCAUUGGCACAGGGGACUCGGAGCCCUCCCACACUGGUCAGCAGUCUAGAUAUGGACAGCGUCAGAAAGGCCCAUCCAGCCGUGCCCACAGUGCUAUAAACGACGAGGCUGGCAGUUCAAUACCCAGAGAUCGCCAUCUCCUGCUGGACGUCUUCUCUCGCCCCAACACAACUCACACAUACAGGUCAGACACUCCGUACCGACGUUCCUUCACAAUACUGGACAACAUCGGCCAAGGUCGGCCAGGCAGAGCCUCUGUGGGCACAGACUCUUUGGGAAUUGGUGUGACUGGCAUCAGUCUUGGCAUCAGCAGUUCCUCUUUCUUGGACUCAUUUGCUCACCACCCGCUGGGACACUUGCCCAUCAAAGAUGAAGAGGAGCCAGACCCACAGGGCUCCAUCCCAGCUUCUCUGGUGCCUGCAUCAGUCCCACCUCGGUCCUACACCCGCGGAGGCAUCUCAUCUCGAGCCAGCAAACCUGGCUUGUAG